UAGAUUACAAGAUAUACAACCAUUCAAAUCUCCCUUUUUUUCUCUGAUGAGAAAUCUUAAGGAAAAUUCUUGAGCCAAUGAUUUGCCCCUCUCCUCCAUUCCUAAUAAUUUGUUUUCCUUCAAUAUCUUUCAAACCUGGAAAACCCUCCUUCCUUCUCCCAUUUUUACGUUAAUAUUUUUCUCAAUGUGACCAUUUCAUGCAUGAAAUCUUACUAUCUUCAUGCACAACAUUAAUUUUUCAAGCCUUCAUAUGUUAAACUUCAAAUGCAAAAUCCAUUCGUGAAACACAAGAAUCAAUAUAUAUAUUUGUUUUGAUAUAUUUUCUUUUAACAUUUUGCUAAAUUUAUUCUAGAGGUGAAUUUUUUUUCUUUAAUCUUGUGAAGAAGAUAUGACCUCCCCUGCUCUAUAUAAGGAAUCAAUGAUAUGAGUUGCCUCCCUUGUUUUCAGUCUAAGAAAACCAACGAGCCACCGGAGGACCCCCCGGUUGCUCGCCCGCUAAAUGAUCCAUCCCCUCCACCACAUUUUGAAAAUAACAACAACAAACCACCAUGUGAAAAUGCUAACAAAGUUGAGCAAGCUAGCCCCGUUGAGAAUGGGGAUAGCAACGCUAAGACUUUCACAUUCCGUGAGCUAGCCAGUGCAACAAAGAACUUCCGACAAGAAUGCCUAAUAGGAGAAGGUGGAUUUGGAAGAGUGUUCAAGGGAACGCUUCAAGGCGGAGAGGUUGUGGCAGUAAAGCAACUAGACAGGACUGGAACACAAGGAAACAAGGAGUUUCAAGUUGAAGUUUUAAUGCUAACUCUCCUUAACCACCCAAAUCUGGUCAAUCUCAUUGGAUAUUGUGCUGAUGGAGAUCAGAGGAUUUUAGUCUAUGAAUAUAUGCCAAUGGGUUGUCUUGCUGAUCAUCUAAUUGAUAUUAAGGAGGAUCAAAAGCCACUAGAUUGGCAAAACAGAAUGAAGAUAGCCUCAGGCGCAGCUCAAGGGCUUGAAUAUCUACAUGAUAAGGCCAACCCCCCAAUCAUUUAUCGCGAUCUCAGAACCACCAAUAUUCUAUUAGAUCAAGAUUUUAAUCCUAGACUUUCAGACUACGGCCUUGCCAAGCUUGCAGGUGGAGGGAAUACAUCACACAUAUCACCAAGGGUAAUGGGAACCUACGGUUACUGUGCUCCAGAGUAUGAAAGAUCCGGUGAACUCUCUUUCAAGUCGGAUGUAUAUAGUUUUGGAGUUGUUUUACUUGAACUUAUUACAGGGCGCCGUGCAGUGGAUACUACAAGGCCUGCAGAGGAGCAAAAUUUAGUUGCUUGGGCACAACCCAUUUUCAGGAAUCCAAAAAGGUUCAGAGAAAUGGCAGAUCCACUUCUGAAAAACAAUUUUCCUGAGAGAAGUUUAAAUCAAGCAGUUGGGGUUGCAGCCAUGUGUUUACAAGAAGAGCCAUCAGUCCGUCCCUUGAUCGGUGAUGUUGUAGCUGCUAUUACUUCCCUUGAAGUGGCUCCACCAGAUGAACCAAUUCCUGAAUCUUUGUCUCCUGAGAAAGCCAGUUCAGAUACAGAGAUUUCAGAUGAUUACGAGCCAAAGAGAUCAGAUAAUGAGGAUCGAAGCAGUGAACAAAAUGAUGAAAAAGUUCAUUAUAAUAAAGAUCAUCAAAAAGUUGCUGCUGAGAGUGACGAGGAUGAUAGAGCAAGUUCUGAUUAUGGAUAUGGAAGUACAUCAGGAUCUUCAGAGAAUGAGAAAGAUGACAGCACGUUUAAACAUGAAGGGAUGACAACAAAAUCUGGAAAAUGGGGUUCCAAAUCAAGACGCAAAAGCAAGUUAAAAUCCUCCUCUCGAACAAUCAGCUCAAGUUCAAGACGCAAAAGCAAGGUUUUAAGAGAUGCCACAAAAGACUCUCAAAAGAAGGAUCAUUCAAUGACAGUACUCCUUUCAGUUUAAGGCAACAAAGCAGCAUAAAGGCCAAAGAUGUAAGUUUUGGUGCAUAUUCAAGCAAUGAGGAAUCAGAAGGUGAAAGUGAGGGUUUAAAUCAGCGACACGAUUUGCAAUUAAAACAUGAAACCAUGCCUCAGAAAUCAAAAUCAUGAUAUCUCUUACCAUCAAAGUACAUGGACUUAUGUUACCUUUCUUCA